AUGACGACUCGCACCCCAGUCUACUUCCUCUCCCACGGCGGUCCCAACAUCAUGGAAGACACCAAACAUCCCGCAUAUGCCAAACUUCAAGAAAUCGGUCACGAAAUCACGGGCAAAGUGAAGCCCAAAGCCAUUGUAGUUUUCUCAGGUCACUGGCAGGGAUUCCAAGAUACCAUAGAAGUCAACACUAUGGAAUCAAGUCCACUGAUCUACGAUUUCUACGGCUUUCCUGCGCACUAUUAUGAGUACAAGUAUCCCAACAAAGGCUCUCCCGAAUUGGCAGAGAAGAUCCUGGGAAUGCUGCAGACCGCAGGUAUCAAAGCCGAAGGCGUUCGUCGUGGGCUUGAUCAUGGCGUUUGGGCGUCGUUCAUGUGCUUGUUCGACCCAAAGACCAAUCCUCUAGACAUUCCCAUCGUGCAAGUCUCGCUUUUCGACUACUUCAAGGCGGAUUUGCACUUCAAGUUGGGGAAAGCCAUUGCUUCGCUGAGAGAAGAGGGCGUGCAGAUCAUCGUCAGUGGUAUGGCGGUUCACAAUUUGAGAGACAUGGGGAGGAUGUGGGGCCAGCCUGGUGCCCUGGACUACACAUUAUCUUUUGAUGAGGCUCUACGAGAAGCCGUGGAACAGGAUCCGAGUAGUCGCGAAGAGGCCAUGACGCAGCUGUUGUCGAGACCGGACUUUAAGAAGGCUCAUCCGUCCGCGGAUCAUUUGAUGCCCAUCUAUGUCGGCGCAGGAGCUGCGAGUGACGAGAAGGCCACUCGGAUUUUUACGCUACCGGAAGGCAGUAUGAGCUGGGCUCAAUUUCGUUUCGGCGAGGUCGGUGCUCCGGCGUCCUAG